UAUAAAGUCAGAGGUAGGGUCUGCCGCAGCACUUGCUACAGAAAUUUCACCAUGUCUUUGUUUAACUGGAAGCUUUUAGUGUUCGUGAUAUUCUCAUCAGCAACUGUCCUUCUGAUAUACUUGAGCACAAGACGUGGUUCAUCGUCGUUCUUCACAACCCCCUCACAUCGUCUUUAUCAUCGCCGAUGACCUUGGCUGGAGCGAUGUCAACUGGGAAGACCCUGACAUCCACACCCCCAACCUGCAGCAGCUCGCUCACAAUGGAAUCAUUCUUAACAACUCCUACGUACAGUACCUCUGCUCCCCGUCCAGAUCUGCGCUGAUGUCCGGUUACUUCCCUUUUCGUUUAGGAAUGCAGCAUAGCGUCAUCCAUGCGAGACAGAGAAGUUUCUUGCCUCACAACGUGACGACACUUCCACAGGCUUUGAAAAAUAACGGCUACGCGACCCACGCCAUUGGGAAGUGGCAUCUUGGUUACUGCAACUGGAAGUACACACCCACCUACCGAGGGUUUGACUCCUUCUAUGGCUACUACAAUUCUGAUGAAGAUUAUUACAUUCACGUCAAUGAAAACGGGCUCGACUUUCGAUUCAACGAAGAGCUUAACUUGAAAGACACAGGCGUCUACUCUACGUUGGCGUACUCUCGACGUGCUCAAGACAUCCUGGACACUCACAGCCUGUCCCAGCCUCUGUUCCUGUACCUAGGCUUUCAGGCUGUUCACUUCCCACUGCAGGUUCCGAAAAUAUACGAAGACAAAUUCUGCUCUCACAUAAGGAACACGACCAGAAGAACAUUCUGUGGGAUGCUUGCCGCCAUGGAUGAAGCGAUUGGUAACCUGACGAAGUUGCUAGAAGCUCGAGGUUACAUGGACAACUUGCUGCUGGUCUUUACUACACCGAUGUAA